GCAGGGGUUGAAAUGGGUAUCAUUCUGGGUGACUGCCUCCUCAACUUUAUUCCAACUCUGCUGCUGGUCUACACUCAGUUAAAUGACUUAGCGCCACUCAAGACCAGAUCAACAUGCUUACAGGUCACGGAGUUAAUGUGAGGACCUUAGCGUUUUCCGCUGAGGCUGACAAAGGCCAGGUGGAGGUGGGGAGUUAUAACGGAGAAAGGUAGCCAAGUGGAGAUGUUCUCUGUACCUGUAUAGUCCUAUAGGCCUAGGCCCUUUUCAUCUGUAACACCAAGCUGCUCUGCUGCACCGAGGCCUCCAACACAGAGGUCUUCCUCCUAUGGCCAGGGUACCUUGGGCAGUGUCCGUAAUGCUACUGCUGGUGCUCUACUCCCAUGGGGUGUCCUCGGCCCCCAUCCAGCACCUGUGUGGCUCCCACCUGGUGGACGCCCUCUACUUCGUAUGUGGAGAACGGGGCUUUUUCUACAGUCCAAACCGACACCAAAAGCGGGAUCUGGAACAUCUGCUCGGGUUCCUGUCUAAAAGGGCCAGACGGGAGCAGCGGCUGUGGAGGGCUCUGUCUGACCGUGAUGAGCCCAAGGUGAAGAGAGGCAUCGUGGAGCAGUGCUGCCAUACGCCGUGCAGCAUUUACCACCUAGAGGGCUACUGCGACUGA